AUGCAGAUCUUCGUCAAGACCCUCACGGGUAAGACUAUCACCCUUGAGGUGGAGUCAUCCGACACUAUCGACAAUGUCAAGUCCAAGAUCCAGGACAAGGAGGGCAUUCCCCCAGACCAGCAGCGUCUGAUCUUCGCUGGCAAGCAGCUUGAGGACGGCCGUACUCUUUCGGACUACAACAUCCAGAAGGAGUCCACCCUGCACCUCGUGCUCCGCCUGCGUGGUGGUGGUAAGAAGCGCAAGAAGAAGGUCUACACCACCCCCAAGAAGAUCAAGCACAAGCACAAGAAGACCAAGCUCGCCAUCCUCAAGUACUACAAGGUCGACGGUGAUGGCAAGAUCGAGCGUCUGCGCCGCGAGUGCCCCGCUCCCGAGUGCGGUGCCGGUGUCUUCAUGGCUGCCAUGCACAACCGUCAGUACUGCGGCAAGUGCCACCUCACCUACGUCUUCGACGAGUCCAAGUAA